AUGGUACAUGAUGCCAUGAUAUGGGAAGAAAAAACACCUAAUCCUUCUGCCCAAGGAUUUUAUAACAUGUUACAAACUGUUGACGAGCCUUUAUGGGAUGGAUGUAAAACUUUUUCAAAAUUAGGGGUUGCGACGAGUUUGUUGCAUUGGAAGACAGAAUGUAAUGUACCAGAGACGACAUAUAAUAGAGUGUUUCCUGUUUUUAAGCGUAUGCUACCUGAGGGUGAUAAAUUACCCUGUAACUUCUAUGAGACGAAGAAGAGUUUGAAAAAUCUUGCUCUACCAAAACAAAAGAUCAAUGCUUGCAAAAACCAUUGCAUGUUAUUUUACAAGCAUGAUUCUUGGUUGACCCACUGUCGAGUAUGCAAUGAAAGUCGUUACAAGACAAGUGGACGAAAGAAGGUUCCUAACUUGGUGUUGGCGUACUUACCGAUUGUUCCAAGACUCCAACGAUUGUAUAUGUCUCCAAAGACCGCAAAAGAGAUGACUUGGCAUUACGAUCAUCAAGCGAAACCGGGUGAAAUGGUACUCCCAAGUGAUGGUGUGGCUUGGAAGCAUUUCGACAUGAGGGAUCCUGACUUUGCUUCUGAGAUUUGGAAUGUUCGUCUUGGGUUAUGCACCAACGGUUUCAACCUGAAUAAUUCAACUUCGAAUCCAUAUUCACUAUGGCCCGUCUUUAUUACCAUUUACAAUCUACCUCCUUGGAUGACUUUGAAAGAUUCGUAUGUUGAGCUCGCAUUGGUCAUCCCUGGUAGAAAGAGCACCGGUCAGAAUUUGGAUGUGUUUCUCAGGCCGCUAAUAGAUGAUCUAAAAAUAUUGUAUACGGAGGGUGUUCUUACGUAUGAUGCGUAUCGUAAGAAUAAUUUCGAGAUGAGGGCUAUACUACUAUGGAACGUCAGCGACUUCCCGGUUUAUGCAAUGUUGUCGGGUUGGAGUAGGCAUGGCAAGUUAGCCUGCCCAUAUUGCAUGGGGGAGGUGGAUUCCUUCCAGUUAAAAAAUGGAGGGAAAUCAUGUUGGUUUGAUUGUCAUCGGAGAUGGUUACCUAGAACACACCCUUUCCGUCGUGAUCGAAAAGGAUUUAUGGCAGGUAAUAGGGUGUUAACUGGUCCACCACCUGAGGUAACCGGUGAAGAGAUUUGGGAGUUCGUUCGUCACCUUCCAACUAUUUAUGAGGGUUUCCCGUAUAGUUCAAAAAAUAGAAAAAUUAGCGGGUUCAGAACCAAUCAUAAUUGGGUAAAGAGAAGCAUCUUUUGGGAGUUGCCAUAUUGGAAGACGUUGUUGAUUCGACACAACCUCGAUGUCAUGCAUAUUGAGAAGAACGUUUUUGAGAAUCUCUUUAACACCGUCAUGGAUACGUCAAAAACUAAAGACAAUGUAAAGGCGAGAAGAGAUGUAGAGGUUCAUUGUGAUCGACGGAAUUUGCACCUUGCCAUGUCAGACAACAAAGUAGUGAAACCAAAGUCAUCGUACAGUUUAAGCAAACAACAAGUAAAACAAGUGUGUGCAUGGUUGAAGAAGUUGAAGUUUCUAGACGGGUAUGCUUCGAACAUAGGGAGUUGUGUGAAACUAGAAGAUUCUAGCUUUUAUAGCUUCAAGAGUCAUGAUUGUCAUGUGUUUAUGCAACGAUUGCUUCCUAUUGCUUUACGAGGGAUGAUACCAACUUCGAUAUGGGAUGCAAUAACGGAGUUGUGCACAUUCUUCCGUGUGAUAUGUUCAAGGGUGUUACACAUAGAUGACUUGGUUCCAUUGCAAACAAGUAUUGUUCAAACAAUUUGCAAGUUGGAAAAGGUCAUUCCGCCCGGAUUCUUUGAUUCAAUGGAAUACCUCGUGAUACAUUUGACAYGUGAAGCUAUAAAUGGUGGUCCGGUCCAAUAUAGGUGGAUGUAUYUSUAUGAGAGGUGA